AUGGUGAAUAAAUUUCUUGCUGGAAGGUUGAAGAAAUCCAAGGGUAAGUCCUUCAAGGGUUCCUCUUCGAAAGGCAAUAGUAAAACCGUUAAAUCUAACAAUAAUGACAAUGUUGUUGUUAAUGCAGCAGAUUUAAAAUGGAAGCCGGUUGAGAUUCCUGAUACUUUGGAUGACUUUGAAGGGUUCUACGGAUUGGAAGAAAUUGAUGGUGUUGGUGUCAAAAUUGUAGGUGGUCAGGUUCAAUUUGUUGCUCAUGAUGAUACUAAGAUUAAUGGAAAUGAAGAUAAUUUGGAUUCAAAGGAUAAAAUUGAAAUUGAUGAGGAUGCACCAGAGAAUGAUUUAGUAGAGUUCAAAAAUAUGGAUGAUAUGAAGGAUGGUGAAUUGACUGAUAAUUCACAAUCCGAAUCUGAAGCUGAAGCUGAAUCUGAAGCUGAAUCUGAGGAGGAAGAAGAGAAAACUGGUGACGAUGAAGGGGAAGAUGGAGCUGAAAAAGUUGAUAAUGAAGUAUUAAAGACCAACGUUUUUAAUACAGAUAUUGAUUUGGAGGAUAUUACACCAUCUGAUUUACCAGAAUGGACAGAAAAAGUUGGUGAAUUAUCAUUCACCACAUUACACGGUUUGACUAAAUUAGGUUUUAAUAAACCAACCUUAAUUCAAGAAGAAGCAAUCCCAAUGGCUUUGAAAGGUGAAGAUAUUAUGGGUAAAGCCUCCACCGGUUCUGGUAAAACUUUGGCUUACGGUAUCCCUAUAAUUGAAAAGCUAAUGAAGUCAAAAAGCAAUACUGCUCCAAUUGGUUUGAUUUUUACACCAACAAGAGAAUUAGCAAAACAAGUCACUGAUCACUUGCGAAAAAUUGCUUCUUUGAUUGUCGAUAAAUCACCACAUGCGAUCCUGUCAUUAACUGGUGGUUUGUCUAUUCAAAAGCAAGAACGUCUUUUGAAGUAUGAAGGUAGUGGAAGAAUCGUCGUCGCUACACCAGGUAGAUUUUUGGAAUUGAUUGAAAAGGAUAAAACUUUGGUGGAAAGGUUCUCCCAAAUUUCAACCUUGGUAUUAGAUGAAGCUGAUAGACUAUUACAAGAUGGGCAUUUUGAUGAAUUUGAAAACAUUUUGAAAUAUUUAGGUAGAGAAAGUAAGAAUCGUAAACAUAAUUGGCAAACUAUGAUUUUUUCAGCCACUUUUGCCACAGAUUUAUUUGACAAAUUAAGUCAUGCAUCUUGGAAAAACAUGAAAACCCCUUCCAAAAAUGAAAAUGAAAUGGAAAUUGUUUUAAAACAUCUAAUGACAAAAAUUCAUUUUAAAUCAAAACCUAUCUUAAUUGAUGCCAAUCCAGAAGAUAAAGUUAGUUCACAAAUUAAAGAGUCAUUGAUUGAAUGUGCAGCUACCGAACGUGAUUUAUUCUGUUAUUACUUCGUUAGUAUGUAUCCUGGUAAAACUUUAAUUUUCUGUAAUGCCAUUGAUUCAGUGAAAAAAUUAACAGCAUACUUAAACAAUUUAAAUAUAUCAUGUUUCCAAAUUCAUUCUUCUAUGACCCAAAAGAAUAGAUUGAGAAAUUUGGAAAGGUACCAACAACAAUCUGAAAAGAACAAAAUCUUGGGGAAGCCUACCGUAUUGGUUGGAAGUGAUGUUGCAGCAAGAGGUUUAGAUAUUCCAGGUAUCCAGCACGUCAUCCAUUACCAUUUACCACGUACGGCUGAUGUUUAUAUUCAUAGAUCUGGUAGAACAGCUCGUGCCAACAAUGAAGGUGUCUCUGUGAUGAUUUGUUCCCCAGAAGAAGCAAUGGGUCCUUUGAGAAAGUUGAGAAAAACUUUAGCAAAUAAAUCUGGUAAAGAUAUUAUCAUGGGUAAAAAAAAAUGGCAGAAGACUGUUACUAUGUUGCCUAUAGACGAUACUAUUUUGUCUCAGCUGAAAGAGAGAAGUAGAUUAGCUAGUGAAUUGGCUGACCAUGACUUAGCAUCAUCAUCGUUACAAAAAGAUGAUACUUGGAUGAAAAAAGCUGCAGAGGAUCUUGGUGUAGACAUAGAUUCUGAUGAUGAGAUUAAAGAUACAUUUUUGGCAAAGAAUAUUAAUAAAAAGAGGAACAAAACUUUGGGUAAAGAUCAGAAAAAAGUGUUGGUAGCUCAGCUAAAUGAUUUAUUGAAAAGACCAUUAAGGAAGGAUAUGAGACAACGUUACUUGACAGGUGGUUUAGUAAAUUUAGCAGAUUCUUUGGUGAAAAAGAGAGGGCAUGAUCAUAUUAUUGGUCAUGAAAAGACAGAUGCAUUAGAGACACUAAAGAAUAAGAAGAGAAAAUAA